AAGGCGGCGGUGAGGCCCUUUAGCUCGCCGCCAUUUUGAGCAGCGGGCUGUGAGGAGCAGAACGGCGGCCGGCUCAGCGCUCCUUGUCCGCCAUCCCCAGCAGCACCAUGUCUCGGGAUCGGAUCCGUAGCCGCGGAGGUGGCUUCCAUCGCCGUGGAGGCGGCGGCGGCCGCGGCGGCCCCAACCACGAUUUCCGCUCUCCGCCGCCCGGUAUGGGGAUGGGCCAGAACCGCGGCCCUAUGGGGGGCGGCCCGCAAGGCCCCGGCGGCCCAACGGGAGGAGGCCCGAAAUCCGACCAGCCGAAACCUCCAGCGUCGAGCUCCGCUCCGCCGUCCUCGUCCUCUUCAUCCUCAUCCACUACAGCGGGUCCAGCCGGCAGCCAGUCCGGCCCCGGGGCGCCUCCUCCGUCCACCCUGCCCGCGGGGCAGCCUCCACAGCAGCAGGCCCAGGGCUCCGCGGCCUCCUCCGCUCCUUCAGGCCCCGGGGGGCAGCAGCAGCCGCAGUCCAAACCGAGCCCCAGCCCCACCCCGGCCGGCGGCCCUAAGAAAGGACAAGGACAGUCUCCCGGCGGCGGACCCAAAGGGCCGGGCGGGCCGCAGCAAGGACCGGGCGGGCCUCACAAGGGCGGGCCGGGCCACCGCGGAGGACCGGGAGGGGAACCGAGGGGCCGCGGGCAACAGCACCAGGGACAGCAAAGCCACUCCUCGCAGCAAGGCCCGGCCGGCGGAGACAAGCUGUCGGACGAGGGCUUUAAGGCGAACCUCUCACUGCUGAGGAGGCCGGGGGAGAAGACUUACACUCAGCGGUGCCGUUUGUUUGUUGGGAAUUUGCCCGCCGAUAUAACGGAUGAAGAGUUUAAAAGCUUGUUUGCCAAAUACGGGGAGCCGGGAGAGGUUUUUAUCAACAAAGGAAAAGGCUUUGGAUUCAUUAAGUUGGAAUCCAGAGCUCUGGCAGAAAUCGCCAAGGCAGAACUGGACGACACCCCAAUGCGGGGCAGGCAGCUCCGGGUUCGGUUUGCAACUCACGCUGCCGCGCUGUCAGUGCGGAACCUUUCGCCUUAUGUGUCCAACGAGUUACUGGAGGAGGCUUUUUCCCAGUUCGGUCCCGUGGAAAGAGCUGUUGUGAUUGUAGAUGAUCGAGGUAGAUCGACAGGAAAAGGCAUUGUUGAAUUUGCAUCAAAGCCAGCUGCCAGAAAAGCGUAUGAACGGUGUACUGAGGGAGUGUUCUUGUUGACAACAACUCCUAGGCCAGUUAUUUUGGAACCACUGGAGCAACUGGAUGAUGAAGAUGGUCUUCCAGAAAAGCUUGCUCAGAAGAACCCGAUGUAUCAAAAGGAAAGAGAAACUCCUCCCCGUUUUGCUCAGCCUGGCAGUUUUGAGUUUGAGUAUUCGCAGAGAUGGAAAUCUUUAGAUGAAAUGGAAAAACAACAGAGAGAACAAGUGGCAAAAAACAUGAAAGAUGCCAAGGACAAACUUGAAAGUGAGAUGGAAGAUGCUUAUCAUGAGCAUCAGGCAAACCUCUUGCGUCAAGACCUUAUGAGGCGUCAGGAGGAGCUGAGACGUAUGGAAGAACUCCAUAAUCAAGAAAUGCAGAAACGCAAGGAAAUUCAGCUCAGGCAGGAGGAGGAGCGUCGCAGACGGGAGGAGGAAAUGAUGAUUCGUCAGCGAGAGAUGGAAGAACAGAUGAGAAGGCAGAGGGAAGAGAAUUAUAAUAGAAUGGGUUACAUGGAUCCCAGGGAGAGAGACAUGAGAAUGGGUGGUGCCACCACAAUGAACAUGGGAGAUCCUUAUGCUUCUGCAGCCCAGAAAUUUCCACCUCUUGGAGGUGGAGGCGGAAUAGGUUAUGAAGCUAAUCCAGGAGUUGGCCAAGCAGCUAUGAGUGGUUCUAUGAUGGGAAGUGACAUGCGUCCUGAACGCUUUGGACAGGGAGGUGCGGGGCCUGUGGGUGGCCAGGGUCCUAGAGGAAUGGGGCCUGGAACACCAACAGGAUAUGGUAGAGGGAGAGAAGAAUACGAAGGCCCAAACAAAAAGCCCCGAUUUUAGAUGUGACCUGUAGUUUCAUUCCAGUUUGUUUUGUCUGUCUUGUUUAGACACCAACUUUUUAAUUCUUGCAUUUUAGUAAGAAAGCUACGUUUUUAUGGAUGUUAGAAACUUAACUGACCUAAUAUUUGUAAGUGGUCUGUUUGGGCAAGUACAACUUAAUUAUGUAAUGCAGUGUUUCAAAACAAGUUUAGCUGUUUUUUUGAUGUAUAACGUCCCUAACUUGAUGGCAGUGUACAUUGUGCCACUGAAUUCCCAAAGUGUACCAACUUUUUUUUACUGUGCUUCAAAUAAAUAGAAAACUAAAUGUAGUAACUUUUCUUGCCAUUCAUGGUUAAAUUAAGAGGCUAAAUCUAAAUACCACACCUUCAGCAGUAAACUGAGAGUCUUGCCAUAGAGAUCCAGCUAGACCCAGGGUGUGGAACUGUAGUGAAGAGCUGAGAUCUCUUCCCAUUUAAUGCCUCUAGCUUAAGACUGGGACAAAUAGCUUAACUGCCCAGUAGGUGCAGAUUUUUGAACGUUGUGCUGCAACAAGAAAGUAAACCAAAAUCUUGCAGAUGCUGUCAGAUAAUGGUAACGAAAGCUACGCUGCAAGUAAGGCAGCAUGUAAAGCGUUUCUUAUCUUAGCUAUGGAUGAUGGGUGGUGGGACGGUUGCACUUACCACCCUGGCAGUUACUGCUUGAUAACCUUCUAAAGACUUUAAGCAGAAGACUAGCAAUGGUUAUUUUAAAAUAAAUCCAUAGAAAGACUUGUAUUGACCGACUUCCUAACUUACGGGUUAUUAAUGAGAUAUUUAUAUGCUCUUAAGCUGUUUGAGAUUACAGGAUCUGGCCUUGCUCCGUAUUGUAUACCUGCCUGAAACUGCUUGGCAAAAAAACAAACAAACCACAAGUGCUGCUCAAGUGAUUAGGGGAGAACCUGCUAAUUCAUACUUGUAACUUGCUUAUGUCCUCGUGCUAACUGAGUGGACUAAUCUGCAUAGCUCAGAAUUCAAUUGUAUUAUGGGGGCUGCAGGAACUAGUCCUGAAUCUUGUAGCUGCUGGAUAAAUCAUAAAAGCCUGUAUGUAAAAUACAGAGAAAUGAGCAUUCUUGCACGAUGGUUAUUGUUAUUAUUGAUGUGUAGAGGUAAUGCAUCAAAAGCAGUAUCUAAAUCUGGAGUUAAUACUGCACCGUACAAAUAAAUUCCCUUCAAGGCUGUUUUGUAGAUCUGCUGAAUUCUCGUUAGCUCGCUGUUAAUUUCAUUAACUCCCCCCAGGAGAAUUUCAAAGCAUUCUGGACUCAAGGUAGUUGCUUUGCUUAUUAUUACAUUGUAAUAUACCAGAUAAGCUGGGAACGUGGCUUCCCAGCAUAAAAUGCCUUGGUGUUAACGCAGGAUAUAUUAACCUGCUUGGCACAAAGUAGGUAGACUUACUUGGCUGUACCUUCAUGCAAUUCCCCAACUACUGAGCGUUCUGUAAGUAGUUUCAACCUUAACAGUGAUCUUUUCCACUCCACUUGUGCUAAGCAUUGGCUCAUUCUAAAUUCUGUGCUAAAUUUUUUCUGUGGUUAAAACUUGAGUGUCAGAUUAGCAGUAUCUUAGAGUGCAGAUGAUCGCUGGUGAAGUACUCACUGUAAGUGCUGAUACUCCUUAAAUGACAAAAGGAGCAUGUUGUGAAAUAUACUGAUAACAGGUAACACUGACUGGAACGUUCAGCGCACCAAAUAGUGACUCAGCUGGUUUGGUGAAUGCUUUUUAUCUUCCCAGAAAAGUUUGGAGAUUGAUAACGUGCUAAGACAAUGAAUUGUUACUCAGGAAACUCUGAAUUGGGCAGUUCCUGCACUGCAGACCAGGUAUUUGGGAGUACUUGUGUUGGAUAUUGAGCUUAACAACAGCAGUCCCACCGCAAUUUGCUUUAAGUAGUACUAAAUAAUGCCUGUGUUUUCUGCAGGGUGUUCGUGGGACACCCACAAAAACGGAAGGUGUCUGAGAUGGGGAAUUCUGAACGUAAACGUGAAAUUAAUUUGUUCAGUUUAUUUUUCAGAUGACAUGUCAUUCUUUAUUAAAGAGAUGCUGGUGCAUAUCCUAAA